CCUUAAACACACUUGACUUAUACAAAUAAUAUAUAUAAUAUGUAACAUUUAAAUACAUUACUACUGAUUGUUUAAAUGUGACCAUAAUAUAUAACCCUAUAAACAAUAAUAGAUUAUUGACAGACAAUAUAAAAAUGGUAAUGUAUCAGUAUUAGUAAGAAAGGUGAUUGUAUUCGAUUGGUUAAUGUUUAUGAUUGAAUUAAGCAUGUAUCUAAGAACUAAAUGGUUAUAUUUGAAAAUUCUAAACAAAAUGAAGCUCCUUCCGGUGUUAUGGCAAAUGAUCACAAGAAUACCAACACACAUAUUGAACCAUGUGGAGAAACGAUUAUAAACUUGUCAGUAUCAAACGACUCUAAUAACGAAAACUCUCAAACAACUAGUUCAAAUGCUCAGACUAAUCAUCGUUCAAACUAUUUCCACAAUGGAUCAUCUCCAUCUUCUGAUUCUCCAAAGCAUAACAAUAUUAAUAUCAGAUUAAGUAUUGUUACCAGGUCAAGUUCCCCGAAACCAUUUAAAUAUACAUUGAAGCUUAUUCCUCUACCACAAACAUCGAAUUCAACUUAUAUAGAAGAAAUAUAUGAAGUUAUCGAUAAUGAUAAUAAAUCAUUUAAUCAAAUGUCAAAUAUGAAACAAAUGUCAUCAGACAAAAGCUCAAAUAAAGUGGAUGAAACCUACUUACAUCUUGCAAAAGAAACUUGUGAUCAUUUGGACAAACAAAAAUCAAAUCGAAUUUUGAACAUUGAAUCACAUUCUCUGCCAUCGAAUUCUCUGAGAACCCAAACACAGGUGGAUGAAAAUCACUUACAUCUUGCAAAAGAAACUUGUGAUUAUCUGGAUAAGCAAAAAUCAAAUUGAAUUUUGAACAUUGAAUCUCAUUCUCUAUCACCAAAUUCUCUGAGAAUCCAAACACAGAAUAGUUCAAAUGAAUAGAAUAACAAUCAGCUUAGUCAUUUAUCAACGGCAUUAUACCUUGGUGAUUUAUUUCAAUUAUUUUCAGUUCUUCAGAUUGACGUACCUGAUGUAUAAUGCUUAAUUAACCAUUCACUGUGAAUAAACAAUUUAUACGACAUAUUUAGAUCCUUUUCAAUGAUUAAAUAAACUUUAUAAAAUGGAAAAUUCAUAGUUAUUAUUUUAGUGGCCCUUAAUUUGACUCCAAUUUGAUUGUUUCUGAUUGUCAUCGUAUGACUGUUGUCAAAAUGUAACUCAAGAAAAAUGAAUAAAUUGGACUGUUCGGAAGCCAGAAUAAGUGAUGUGGGCAAUAUUCUGAGCUUUUGUCUUCUUAAUAAAUCCGUGAAGUAGUUGCCGUACUCGGACGUUCAUCUUAACUCUCUUUCUCGUUCUCUCUACUCCAUUCUCGAUUACCUGUACACUAAGUCGAGUAUGUAAACUGAUGAUUGAAAAAUAAGUUCAAUUAAUUACAAUAACUGCUAUCACUAGUUCAUAUGGAUGCUAGGAAAUGAGAGUGUUAUAUCCUGAAGAGAAUUGUGAAUGGUAACUUUGAGAACUAUUUAUGGACCAAUAUGAUGUGUAUAUUUCCUAUUGUAUAAUUGUUAAGUAACUAAACUAUUCAUAUUCGCGCUCCUCUUAUGAUAAGCUUUAUUUUGACCUAUAGACUAUUAUUAUACGAUUCAAAAUUCUUGAGUUAUACCCAGUCUAUUGAUUACUGUUCCCCCUAUUCACAGC